ACUGUCAAGUAGAGAUAUCUUGUAAAGAUAUUUAUUUAUAUCCCAUAAAAUUGUGCAAAUCUGAUAGUUUUUCAGUAAGUGGAUUUAGUGAGAUAGUAAAAAGAAAUCGUUAUCAUUAUUAAUCACUUUUUACAAUCAUAUUUCAGUUAGGUUUUGCGAAAAUAUUUGCAUACUUUCUCUUACGACCUUGUUCUAAAAAAUAAACAAAAAGAAGGAAAAAUUAUAAAAAAUAUAUUGGACUUUUACUUGAUGGUAUGUACAACCUAGUGGGAGUCGUUACCAAAUUUGUGAUAUUACUUAGGAAAAUGUAAAAGAGCUUAUUACGUUGUAUUCGUAAGUCCUUUUAAGUUAUUAUGAUUGAGAUAUUGAUAUACCAAUGCUAUGACUGAGGAUAUCAGUAAGCCUCCCAAGCAAUACGAUUAUUUGCUGAAGUUUCUUCUGGUAGGCGACAGCGAUGUUGGAAAGCAAGAAAUUUUAUCGGAUCUGGACGAUGGUUCUUCGGAGAGUCCUUUUUGCGGAUAUAGUGGUAAGUCCUACAAAACUACCACUAUUCUGUUGGAUGGAAAGAGGGUAAAACUACAGCUUUGGGACACUUCAGGGCAGGGAAGGUUUUGUACUAUAAUUCGCAGCUAUUCCAGAGGUGCUCAAGGAGUUCUUCUAGUUUACGACAUAACUAACCGAUGGUCAUUCGACGGCCUAGAUCGAUGGUUGAAAGAAGUGGACGAACACGCACCGGGUGUGCCGAAGGUUUUGGUUGGUAACCGCCUCCAUCUGGCUUUCAAUCGUAAGGUCGGUCAAAGAGAUGCCCAAAUAUAUGCGAACAAACACAGUAUGGCGUUUUUCGAAGUCUCACCCCUUUGUAAUUUCAACAUCCACGAAAGUUUCUGCGAGCUAUCGAGAAUGGCAUUGCACCGAAAUGGAAUGGAGAGGUUAUGGAGAUCAAAUAAAGUGUUGAGCCUUCAAGAACUGUGCUGCAGAGCCAUUGUUGCACGCACAACGGUGUACAGCAUCGAGCAGCUACCGUUACCAACCAGCGUCAAGUCCCACUUAAAGUCAUACGCACUGACGUCAUCUUCGACGCAAUGGCGGUACGUCAUCAGUCAGAAGAAGAACAGUCGAGGAUCGAGGAGUCGCAAAAAGCGGUUCACGAGCACGCCCACGACGCCCGGUUCAGUGACGGACAAAGACAGUAUAACGAGCUGUGUACCCAGAAACUCUUGUACUAUAUCCUGACGCGCCCGGAAUUCCUUGGACUUCAUUUUCAGGACUACGAAACUCACGAAAUGGAUCAGGCGAACCUAUAGGUCAGUAAACGACCGUUUUGGACUGUAAUUUUACUCGUCAAGUCAGAUUUUCUUGAAAAUUUGGAUUUGGGUUUCUCUUACCAUCCACUUCACGUUUGAACUUGAGCUCAAGGUUGCUUUUACGCGGGAGUUGAAAGCCACCUCUUCUCGAUAGUGUAAAAACAUACGUUCAAAAUAAGUCCGGAAAUGGAUAAACUGACUACUUAUUAUACCGCCAUGUAUCAACCACUAGAAUAAAUGUUGUAGAUGUGUAUAAUAUCGGACGUAUCUUUUUUUUCUGUCACUUAUGACGCACUGAAAAAAGCCUCUGCACACAAUUGUUGGUGUAAUGAAAAUUACAUUUCUUAAAUACAUCUCUUAAAAAACAAUAGUAUUUAAGACAUGUAAUUUUCAAUACACCAACAAUUGUGGCUCAAUCCCAGAAUAUAAGAAUAUAUGGUGCUUCUCAGAGGCUUUUUUCAGUGCGUCACAAGUGACAGAAAAAAAGAUACGUCCGUUAUUAUACACAUUUACAACAUUUAUUCUAGUUGUUGAUAGAUGGCGCUAUAAUCGGAAAAAAAUUAUUACCUAUUACAUAUCUAUACGGCUAAAAUCUAAAAUUCUUCUCAGUCUUUCAGUAUGUCAUUAAUUUUGACGUCAUAUAUGAUUUUAAGAAUGUAGAGAAUCAUUGCUUGGAAAUUUAGUUACAGCUGACAGUUGUCAGAAUAGUAGUCAGCCAAAUAUGAGAAGGUUAUUGCAGUAUAACCCUUUUAUUUGCAAUUUGGUAUAAAAACAAAUAAAUUGUGUUUAUUGCAUUUAUAAAAAUGUUUGUUCUUUGAUUUGUACAGUCGUAUAGAUUGUAGAUCAGCGAUUCUCAAUCUGUGGUACAUGUACCACUGGUGGUACAGUUCAUUACUUGCGGUGGUACACAAAACACAAAAAAAAUUAAAAUAGUAGUAAUAGUAGUAAGUCUUCAUAAUACACUCUAAAAAUACAGGGUGUAACAAAAAUACAGGUCAUAAAUUAAAUCACAUAUUCUGGAACCAAAAAUAGUUCGAUUGAACCUAACUUACCCUAGUACAAAUAUGCACACAAAAAAAAGUUACAGCCCUUUGAAAUUACAAAAUAAAAAUCGAUUUUUUCCAAUAUAUCGAAAACUAUUUGAGUUUUCUUAUUGAAAACGGACAUGUGGCAUUAUUAUGACAGCAAAAUAUUAAAAAAAAUUCUGCACCUCAUAAAAAUUUUAUGGGGGUUUUGUUCCUUUAAACCCCCCAAACUUUUGUGUACGUUCCAAUUAAAUUAUCACUGUGGCACCAUUAGUUAAACACAAUGUUUUUAAAACUUUUUUGCCUCUUAGUAAUUUUUCUAACUAGUUUUUAUCGAAAUAUUUUGAAUAUUUGUCAAAUCCACCACAUAUUUGUAUACUGUUAAGUACGAUUAUAGAGACCCUAUAAUAAUAUGAAAAUUUAUUUAUAAAUUACAGAUUUUAUAAGUAUAUUUUGAACCAUAUUAAAAAAGAAGCCACAUCUCGAUAAAAGGUGCCUUAUCGGAAAAAUACUAAGAGGCAAAAAAGUUUUAAAGACACUGUUUUCAACUAAUGGUACCGCAAUAAUAGUUUAAUUGGAACAUACUCAAACAUUUGGGGGGUGUAAAGGCACAAAAUCUCCAUAAAAUUGUUAUGUUAACAUUUUAAAAAAGAAGCUGCAUCUCGAUUAAAACUGGUAUAUCUAAAAAAUACUAAGAGGCAAAAAAGUUUCAAAAACAUUGUGUUUAACUAACGGUACCACAAUAAUAAUUUAAUUGGAACGUACAUAAAAGUUUGGGGGGGUUUAAGGGAACAAAAUCCCCAUAAAAUUUUUAUGGGGUGCACAAAUUUCACUAUAAUUUCUUUUUCAGAUGUUCCUGCCAUAGUCAUGCCACAUGUCCAUUUUCAGUAAAAAUCUCCAAUAGUUCGAUAUAUCGGAAAAAAUCGAGUUUCAUUUUGUAACUUCAGAGGGCUGUAACUUUUUUUUGUGUGCAUAUUUUUACUAGGGUAAGUUAGGUUCAAUCGAACUAUUUUUGGUUCCAGAAUAUGUGAUUUAAUUUAUGAGCUGUAUUUUUGUUACAACCUGUAUAUGUGGUACCAAAAAUAAUAAAAAGAACUGUAGGUGGUACAUGACUCAAAAAGUUUGAGAACCGCUGUUGUAGAUAAUACGUAAAUCAUAUUUUUUAUUAUAGCGCCAUCUACCAACAACUAGAAUAAAUGUUAUAAAUGAGUAUAAUCACGGACUUACCUUUUUUCUGUCACUUCCAACUUAAUGCGUUAGAAAGAAAUCGAAAAACUGUGACGCACUGAAAGAAGUCUCUGAGAAAAAGUAUAAUAAGAAACAUAACUGACUAAUUCUAAGAAAAUAUUGUUCUACAGAGUUUUUUCACUAAGGACCGGUUUCACCAACAACAAAUAAAUCAGUGAAUAGUUGUUCGUCGAAUAAAAUGUGUUAGUCGAUUAUAUUUUUAUUGUGUUUCAAUAAAAUUUUGAUAAUUUAAAGCUAAACUGACGAAUGUUCAUUGUUAUAGAUAUUUAAAGCGAUAUUAACUUGUCAAUUAUUCGAAGAGUAAAUAUUUAUUUGAUAAAUAAAUAAAAUAAGUCUUAUUGGCCUAAAAUAAAUAAAAUAUGUAUUUUUUGUUACAUUGGCCCCACGUUGGGCGCCAAUGUAAUGAAAGGAUAAUAGAAAUGUGAAUAGACAGAGGCAAACUGAAAGGAGUUAGGCUAGCGAUAUAUGCAAGAGAACGACUACUUGACACUCAAGGAUGGAUACGGCCAAUUUGCAUGCCUGUCAAAGACGGUAGCUCAAAGUAGAUAGUGAUGAUGACUAAGAAUGGAAAUAUUAAGAUACGUAUAAGGUACUGAACAUGAAUAAAUAUGAAUAAUUUCUAAUGAUGAACAAAUUGAAUAAAAACAAACAAAUCAUGGGCGCCAGGAAAUGAUGUCCGAUGACUUUCCCAGGUAUCUGGAAAUACUAUUCCCAGGAACUUUAAGGCCGGCGUAGCUAAGCGGUAGUGUGUUUGGCUCUCGUGCCGGUGGUACGGAGUUCAAAUCCUACCGCCGGCAAGAACAACUCGACAUUUUAAAAGUGUCUAUAGGCCCCAGGUCGACUCAGCCUGAAUAAAUAAGUACCUUGGGUAAAACCAGGGGUAAUAAUAGGCGGUUGAAGCGUAGCACUGGCCCUGUUACCUUCCUUGUAUACUGUAGGCCCUAGAUAUAGCAGAGUACCCUGCUAUACUCCCAAAGCCACGUGAGUGGUAUAAAUUAUUAAGUCUUAUUUGACCUUGGUGAAACGUAGAUGUAUCAGUUUUAUUGGUCGAAUAACUUUAUUCAUCGAAUCAACUACUAUUCGUCGUUGUAAAUCGGCCAUAAGUUAAUAUUUUUGGAGUUAUUUGCGAGUAAAUAUGUUGAUUUUUGAACAAAAUAAAACUGUAAAGAUUACUUUCAUUUGGGAUGCUAAUUAGGGAGCGACCUUCACGAUUUUGUUUAGCAAAAAAGGGACCAACUUUUUUUUGGGCGUAACUUGUUUAGUUUUGAUGCUAGAAACUUUUAUAAAAUCACAAAAUUAAAGCUUUUUUAAAUACAAAAAAAGUUUUGAUGAGUUUUCCCCAAAAAUUGUUUCAUUUUUUGGUGAUUUCACUAGUAGUGUAAACUUUCGUUACUUUGGAAUAUGUGUUUUGUAACGAUUCGUUACUUUAACUAUCUAUACCCGGAACUUUAUACUCGUUACUUUCGUCACUGCCUCGAUUUAUCUUUCGAAGUGCUAACUACCGACACCGACAUACCAAUCGACACAGUAUUUGUUUGGUUCGGUGUUACCGACAUCUGGGUAUUUCGCUAGAUUACUUGUACCGAAAGUAACGAGAAUUUCUAACAACGAGGUAUCGGUACUUUGGGUACUGGACAAAUACCCGUUAAGUCUGUUUUAGACUAUAACAUAGAAUGAUAUAAGACAAUGGUAUACUAAGUUUUGUCACAAUGUAAAACAGGAAACAAAAUCUGUUAACAGAAAAUGUUAUACAAAUUAGAACAUGUCCUAUUUGAUAACAAUUUUUAGUACACAGGUAUGCGCAGUUAGGUUAUUUUCGUUAUACUGUCACAUUGGUUCUUUUAAGGUUAACUUUUCUUUUAAGAAAUGUUGCAAUGGAAGCAGCUGAUAAUAAUAGAGUUUUCUUAUCCAUCAUAUAACAUAUCUUUGUAAUAUAAAAUAUCAAAGAUAAAACUAACUAGGUUAAAUGUUGAAGAAAAUGAGGUUAAAAUAUUCUUAAAAGAAAAUAAGAAGAAGAAAAUUGAGGUUAACAGUACAUGUACCAUCACAAAAAUAUAAAAAAGUACUUUUUAGCAUGUAAUGCGCAGAAUCACAUAACAUAUUCUAAUAGGAAAAAGUGACAAUGUAAUACACAAAACUUCUUGUGUGAAUAUUGUACACAAUCAUUUCAUGUAAGUUUUUGUUAUACCAUGUCUGUCUAAAACAGACAUUACUUUGUAACGCAUAGGUACUUUUUUUUACAUCACUAUAUUUCACGUUGAAAUGUUCGAUUUGGAAUUUGACGAAUAAGAACCUACUUUUCAAGAGCUACAACUCUACUUCCACUGAGUCUGUAGACAUCUUUUUUUUCGCAUUUUAUGAGCUACGUUUUCGCUAGACUAUUUUUUUUUCGAUAAAAUGCUUAUGUUUGAGUUAUUUGCGAAGAACCGUUUAAAAUGUGUUAUUUAUUUGUUGAAAAAUGAACAUUUUUACUCGCAAAUGACGCAAAAAGUAUUGACUUAGUGAAAAACUCUAUAAAACAAAGAUUGCUUAGAACUAGUCAGUUUAUCCAUUUCCGGACUUAUUUUGAACGUAUGAUUUUUCAUCUCCGAGGAGUGACUUUCGUCCCCUAAGUAAAAGGAACUCUGGAGUGAAGUCCAAAAGUGAAGUAGAGGUUAAGACGAACCUAAAUUCAAAUUUUCAUGUAAUUCGGUAGUGACACGGAAAAUUACAUGGUAUCCUCGUAUUCGACGUUCUUUUACUGACCUAGAAAUGGAUCAGGCGAACCUAGUGCGAUCCGAUUGGUAUCAUAACAAAAUUUUAAAAAGUAACACCAUAUGAAAAAUAUUUUUGCAAUUUGUAACUGACGUUGAGUACAAAAUAUCUAAUGUACUUCAUCAUUAAAUGAUGAUAAUAACGAGACAUUAAAAUUUUAAUAUAUCCACUAAUUUAUUUUUUAAAUGAUUUUAAUAAUAUUACACGAUUACAGCUUUGUAAUAUAUUCUAUUGGGUAUAUCUGUCUUUUUUUUUUCAUAAACGAUAAUUGGCGAAAUACAUUAUAUCCCACAGAGGUAUUAUAACUGUUUCUCUCGUUCUUUCUCUCUUAUAUCGUUUAACCUUCGGAUGACCAAGGGGUAAAUUUGGACACCAGCGUGUGUUUUUCUUUAAUAAAUUCAAAAGUAUUUUCAAUUUUUAACUCAUUAUUUUUUUAUUUGACUUUAAUAUCAUUCUAGAUAUCCUCAUAUUUUGAAAUAAAAAAAAUUUCCAAUAUUUUACGAAUAAAAAAUAUAUUCUGAAGUUGAUGUUUAGUAAAAUACCGUCUAUUAUGUGGAAUUCCAAGUAGUUUUACACUGCGCGUUAUCAAAAUCUAUUUUUAGACUGUGGUGUCUGUUACGUACGAAUCAUGACAUUCCUGUCUGCUACAGUUAGUCAUUAUUAUUAUUUCCUGGGGUAUAUUAUUAUAGUUUCUUAGUAUUUUGUGUACAUAUAAGAUAUGGCCCGCAAAUAUCUUACUGAGGCCGAGUUACAGGAAAUUGUUACUGCUAGCGAUUUUUAUGAUGAUAUAGAAGAUGAAAUAGUAUCAGAAAACGAGGAUGUAUUGUUAGAUGAAGAUUUAAAUGCUGAAAACAUUAAUUCCAGGUCAUUUUUGACCUGGGGUCAUUUUUUACCCCCGUUGGUCAUCCGUGUAACAAAAAAAGGUUGGUCAUCGGAAGGUUAACUCUGAGAAAAAUAUGAUUUUUCCUAUUUGAAUGGUUUUCUUGAUAUUUCUCGAUGUAUACAUUUGUUUUUGAUCGUACAAAGAGAUAGGCAGGACAUGUUGCAAGAAUGGAAGACUACAGGUGGACAAAAAAAUUGCUUGUGUGUAGACCAUGGGCAGAUAAGCAAAGCCAGGGAAGACCCCAACGAGAUGGACCGACAAAAGAAAAUGGAAAUAUUUUGAGGAGGCCUAUGUUUAAUAAUCGACAAAGCGAUUGAUGAUUAUAUGUCAAACAGUAUUUUGAACUUUUCACCAGUUGAGUCAUACAACUAAACAAAGAAUGCCAUUAAGUUUGAAAAUAAAAACAGGAUACAUCGAUCAAAGAAAGUUAUAUUGCAUACCAAACAACAAAAAAUGUGAAAAACGGUGUAAAAUGUGUUAAUUUUUAGUGUGCAGUGGUCUGAACUGUCACAAGGCAAUGCCCAGGCUUAUCGGAACAUAAAGCACAAAAGAAUGGAGUGUCUUACGCAUCAUCAUUAUUCUCUUUACCUUAUCCCUAUGCGGGGUCGGCUUCCCUAAUUGCAUUUCUCCACACAAUUAUAUUUUGGGUUAUAUCAACAUGACCUGCCUUAUCGUCUCCCCCCACAUCUUCUUUGGUCUGCCUCUCCUACUCCUUCCAGGAAUCUGCACUUCAGCAGCAAUUCUUCGUAUUGCGUGAUUAGCGUCUCGACGUUAAACAUGACCAAACCAUCUUAACCUAUGCUCUCUCAUUUUGGCAUCAAUUGGUGCCACACCUAGACUUCCCCUAAUAUACUCAUUUCUAAUUUUUCCUUCUUUGUCACUCCACUCAUCCAUCUAAGCAUUCUCAUUUCCGCCACAUGCAUUCGUUGUUCCUCUUUCUUUUUCACUCCCCAACAUUCAGUUCCGUACAUCAUAGCCGGUAUUAUGGCUGUUUUAUAGAAUUUUCCCUUCAGCUUCAUUGGAAUUUUUCUGUCACACAACACACCACUCGCUUCUUUCCACUUCAUCCAUCCAGCCCUAAUUCUACUGCAUGCAUCUGCAUCUAUUUCUCCAUUACUCUGUAAUACCGAUCCUAGGUACUAAAAACUACUGCUUUUCACAAUCAUUUCACCAUCCAAAGAUACCAUUUUAUUUGUAGUAAUUCCAUCUUUAAAUGAACAUUCCAAAUACUCUGUUUUUGUCCUACUAAAUUUUGAUCCUUUUUCCUCCAGAGCUUGUCUCCACUGUUCCAGUUUUUAUUUCUAAGUCUUUUCCACUAUUUCCUAUUAACACCACAUCAUCAGCAUACUGUAGUUUCGCUGUUAUCUGGUCCAAAACUAAUGAGAAUAAAUAAGGACUAAACACCGAACCUUGGUGCAAUGCUCCUUUCACCUGAAAUUUAUGUCUCUCCCGCCCCUGUCCUAACACUAGUCGUUACUCCCUCAUACAUAUAUCUUACAAUCUUUACAUAUUCGCCAGGGACUCCUUUCUUAUUGAGUGUCCACCACAGAAUCUGUCGAGGAACUCUAGGCUUUCUCAAGAUCAAUGAAUACCAUAUGAGCGUUGGUAUCUUUAUUCCAGUAUUUUUCCACUCAGUUGCCUUACAAUGAAAAUUGCAUCUGUUGUUGAUCUGCCCUGCAUAAAGCCAAAUUGAUUAUCGGAUAUUUCGGUUUCUUCACGUAUCCGUCUAUCAGUUACUCUCUCCCAUAUUUUCAUGGUGUGGCUAAGUAGUUUUAUAGCCCUGUAGUUUGUACAUUGUUGUAUAUCUCCCUUGUUUUUGUAAACAGGUACCAGUAUACUGCUUCUCCAUUCGUCUGGCAUUUGUCCAACUUCCAUAAUUCUAUUAAAUAGACCUGCUAGCCAACUUAUUCCUGUCUCUCCAGAAAUAUCAAUGGAGUGUCUUACAUAUAUUAUUUUCAUAUCAUACUCUACAUCUUUUUCUCAUUUGUCUUCCUUUAGGAUCAGAAUGAAUGGUAGUUUUCCGUAAGGUGCGUAGUAGAGGUCUGUAAAUUCUUUAUUUCCACAUCAGCAGGUUUGGUUUGGUUGACAUUUUUGAAGUACGUAUAGGAAACAUGUCAAAGAAAAAAAAUUAUAUACCUACUGCUGACAAAGGUGAGUGCUACUCCUUGUCGGGGGUGAAAAUUGUUAACCUUUAACUCCCUAAAUCGAUAGAGAAUUUAAUGUAUAGAAAAAAAAUUCUUACAGAUUUUUCUCGGUAAGUUAAUAUUUUCCAAGUUGAAAUUGAAACGCUUGAAAUUGUUGAUUUCAUAGCUACAUAAAAACGCAUGUUUUGGGUGGCUUUAUAAAAUAACUCGGAAACAGUACAUUUUGACCAAAAAGUAAUACGAAUCAGAAAGAAACCUUUGAAAAUAACAAAUCAAAUGGUUUUUUUUAUCGCGGCUAUACUAUACAACCUGAGUUAGAACCUGAUGAAGGUGAGAGUUUAUUUGAAUUAAUCUGCAAUCGAAACUUUUAUCAUCAAAUAAUGUAAAAAGAAGAAGUUUUUCAGAAAAAAUAUGAUCAUAAUGUUUUUAAUAGUAUGUAUAAUGAGAGCUUUUAAAAAAUAAAAGUGAUGCAGAUGGAAAACACACGAGUUGUUGAAAAAAACACAACGAUUAAUCUCAUUAAAAAUAGAAGAAAUUAAUGAGUUUUUCACAUAAAUGAAAAUUAAUCUUAUUUCAUGUCGAGUUAGCUUUAUUUACAUAUGAACAACGUGUCCUAAAAUUUUAAUAAGUUUAAAAUGCCUAGAUUUGAAAAAUAUUUUAAUUUAGUAUUAAAUUAGUUUUUGAAAUUUGAUUAAAUUAUUCCAUUUUUUCAAAAUUACUCUAACUAACAAAUAUGUAAAAUAUGCACGAAUCAUCAUCAUCAAUGGUGCUACAGCCCUAUGAAAGAGCCUCAACCUUCUCAAGUCUAUUACACCAGUCAGUCCUAUCCAUUGCCAACCGUUGCCAGUUUGCUGCACCUAUUUUUCUCCCAUCCUCAUCUACACCAUCCUUCCAUGUAAGUUUUGGCCUACCCCUAUUUCUACUUCCCAUCGGUUGUGACAUAAGGAUUCUUCUAGGAGGGUUGUUAUGCUGUGAUCUUGUUAGAAUAUAUGCACGAAUACGAAAAUGUAUUUUUUUUGCAGAAAAUGAUUUAUUCUUAUACGAUAAAAACUAAUUGAGAUGUUGACGUUUAAGUUUGCACAUAAGUGUGAGAAGUUUGGCGUUUGCUUUAAAAAUCAAAAACUUCAAAAAAGGUCAACUUCUCAGAUCUUAUAAUGCUCAAAGUUUCCUACAAUAUAAGCUUUGGAUCAAUUAGAUGUCUUUAAAACUCUAGUAAGACCAUUCUAGUAAAACCAUUUACGUUUUUUUGUCAAUUUUUUUGGAAUGUAUAAAUAUCUCAGAUUUCAACUAUUUCGGAGCAGCAAAAUACUCACAAACGGUUUAUGUACAGACUGUUUACUGUUUAGAUAUACCCCAAUGAAGUAAGUGCUAAAAGCGGCAACAUUGCUUAUGAGAAUGAGUUGCCUUAGUUGCGUUCACGGGUACAGUGGACAAAUUGUUGCCGACAAUUGCUAACCUCACUUAAAAUAAAUAAUACCGUUAAUAGAUAAAUAUACAAGGUAUAUUUACUUUUAAUUAAUAUUAAUAACUAAUUAUUUUGUAUAUUUAUCUAUUAAGGAUAUUAUUUAUAUCAUUUUAAAGUGCGCAUGCGUUUUGCUGCUAAUUUGUCGCCGACAGGCACCCGCGAAUGGGCAUAUUGCUACUGUAAUGACGAAUGACUGAAAGAAUCGGCGCGAAUCAGGUACAUUAGGUGGACAGCGGGGAAGCAGUGUUGCCAUUUUAUAGUGUGUAUAUCUAAUUGAAAACUAAACAGUCUAUAUGUAUUAGUAGAUUACCUAUUAGGUCAAUGGUAAUCUAUUAGAUGUUAAAAAAGCAACAACAGUAAAAAUGCUAAGUAAACCUGUACCAGAAGAACUGCUUGUAACUUGAUAACGCCAUUGUACAAAAUGAUGCGGUACAACGUGUAGCUGUCUAAAAGUUUGACUUGUCUAUAAUGCAGCCUAUGGCACUUGCUCUGGUGAUAAUUUUUAAAACUGUCCUCCAAUAGGGCUUUUCAUUCAGAGUCAUUUGUUUUGAGCUUCUGCCAAAUGUCGUAUAAUCCGUGUAUAUUAAUAUUAUACACAGACUAUACAACAUAUGACCGAAGCUCGAAACAAAUUACUGUGAAUGAAAAGCCCUAUUGAUAGUUUUGAUGGAAAUGAAACUUUCGACAGAAAUUCGGAGAGCCGAUGGUGUAUUUGCGACGUGUUGCAAAUUUGCAACAUUUAGAUUACAUUCCAUGCCUCGUUUUAAAGUUUACCCGAAAAAGCAUACAAAAUAGUAAACAGACAACACUACCUGUGGUGGAAAUGUCAUAGCAUUUCCGAUUUAUGAAUUUUAUUUUUGAAUAUGAACAAUGGACAAAACAAUUUUUUAGAUGCGUAAUAUUAAAGAACAAAUAAAUAGUCUCUAAAUUGUCUAGUAUACUAAAUACUUUUUGUAAAAAAGCUUUUUCAUAUGGUGCCUUUUUACAUAUUCGUGAAUUUCGUCGUUGUUGGAGAUGAGACAAUAUUGAUUCCAUGUUAAGAAAAAUGGUGAAGUGACCCGAGAGAGACUAAUUUUUAUUUAUAUACGUGUAUUGUUGUGGAAUGUUUGGUUUUGCAAAUAAUGAUCAAUCUA